AUGAAAGUGGAGCGACCGUAUAGUGGCAUACCAGCCACUGCAAAAUGUCUAGUCUGCGAGCAUCCAGACGGAGGAUCCGCUCAUUUCGGUAGCACUUCAUGUCUCGCGUGCGCCGCUUUCUUUCGGAGGACUGUCUCGUUGAAUAUUCAGUUUCAGUGCAAGAAGGAUAAGGCUUGUAUCAUUUUUCAUGAACUCCGAAUGAUCUGUCGAGCGUGUCGAUUUGAUAAAUGUGUGAAAGCAGGAAUGAGGAGGGAAUGUGUUCAGAAGAGGAGGUCAAAUAAGAAGAUACCGAAGAAACAUAUGAUGAGAGAAGAUCAAAUUAAGAUGGAAAUACCAGAUGACUGUAAAUUUGAAUGUCCCGGCGAUCAGACUGACGACAAUUCACCGUUAUCGAUUGAAAAGAAGUCACCGCCCGGGUUAAUGUCUGAUAAUAGUCCAGAGAUGGUUGAUUUUAAAUUCGACCCGAGUGAGAUGCCGUCAACGAGUGGUGGUUCAAUGCAAAGAUCUGAAAGAACACCCAGUCGACAAUCCAUCGAAUCGUCGAAAAUCUUGUCGAUGAACGGCGAGGAGCUUCUCAGGUUUUACGUGGAUCAAUUGAAGAUGUCAAUGGAUCGAAGGAGGAUGAUAUUCACGGAAACUGCGUUAUUAGCUGUGAUAGAGGAUCGAGGCGAUGUGCCCUUCGACGCGCGGGAACCACCUCCGCACUCCCUGAAAAGACAAUACGAAUCACAGCGUUUCGACAACCUCCUGGCAUUCGAUUUCUGCAAAUGUUGUCCCGGAUUUGAUCUACUCGCACAGAUGGAGAAGGCGAUAUUCUAUCGAUCGUGUUCACUGGCUUACUGUCUUCUAGACAUUGCGUGGAUUACUGUACAAGCAUAUCAAGUGGAACUACCCGAACCAGUUGUAAUGUAUACGGAUGGAAGUGUGUGUACGGUCAAUGAUAUGUCGUAUGGAUGGGAUGAUGAGGAGGAUAUUUGUGCUCAUGAUAAGAAAAAAUUAUUCCUUGGAUUCGUUCGUCGAUUUAACGAAGCCAUCUGUCGACCGAUUCGGACGUUAAAACUGACUCACGUCGAGUUCGCAGCCCUCAAGGCACUUUGUAUAUGGAAGCUCGGUUACUGUGAGUUCACACCGAGUAUGAAAGUGAUUGGAAAAGAGCACGAGGAGGCGAUCCUUCACGGACUGCACAAUUAUUAUGAGGAUUUGUAUGAAGAUUCGAAUGAGAUCAGUAUGCGACUAGGCAAUCUCAUCCUACUUAUGGGCACUGUUUUUGAAAUGAAUCAAUUAAUAAUGGAAACCUACAAAUCCGCUGAACUCUUCGCCCUAUUCAAGUUAGAUGCUCUCUCGAAAUCCCUGUUGACACUCUAG